AUGGCGCCGUCACAGAAGAGAUCAAUCGAGGACGAUUUCAUCCAUACCCUCUCGGAUAACGACGAAGAAGUAGCCCAGGAAGAACUGGUUGCUGCUCAGCCUCCCAAGAAGAAAGCAAAGACGAAUAAGAAGUCGGCCAAGAAGAAUAAGGAUGAAGAGCCCCAGCCUGAAGAAAACGAAGGCCAAUGGGGCCAGAAGGAGGAGAAUGAUGGUGCAAUGGAUUCCGAUUUUGAAUUCAUGCUAGACGAUGCUGGCCAAUUCGGCGAAGACGGGUUUGAGGGAUGGGGAUUCGAAAGCGCAAAGCAGGGAAUGGCCGUCGAGAAGGUCGGCGUUGAUCUGGAAGAGAUUAUAAGACGACGAAGGGAAAAGAAGAAGGGCGGCAAGGAGUCUGAGGCCGCGGAAGAGGGCGGUGAAGAGUCUGCGGAGAGUGCCAACAUCGACAUGGACGACGACGAAGACGGAGUGCUGGCAGAUGAUGCAUUCGGUAUGAAUGUUGACGAGGAUGCUGAAGAGUCUGAUGAGGACGUCGAAGCCAAGGGAUCUGACGAAGAAGAGGGCGACGAUGACGAUGAUGCAGCUUCAGAUAACGAUUCUGUAGCCACGCCAGUCAACCACCCCGACGAUAUGUCUGACGAUGACGACGAUGACGAAGAAGAUCUCGAAGAGAAAGCCAAGCGAGAUGCUUUCUUCGCCCCUGAAGAAAAGGAAAAGUCUGGAAAGAAAGUGGACGCCUCAUCCUUCCAAGUCAUGUCUUUGUCGAGGCCCAUUAUGCGUGGUAUCACUGCUGUUGGCUUCACCAAGCCAACGCCUAUUCAAGCCAAGACUAUUCCCAUCGCUCUCAUGGGCAAGGAUGUCGUCGGUGGCGCAGUUACGGGUUCCGGAAAGACAGCAGCCUUUGUGCUUCCUAUUCUGGAACGACUUCUCUAUCGACCCAAGAAGAUUCCUACCACGCGUGUUGUGAUUCUUACGCCCACUCGUGAGCUGGCAAUCCAGUGUCACGCCGUAGCCACAAAAUUAGCAGCACACACAGACAUCAAAUUCACUUUGGCUGUCGGUGGUCUCAGUCUCAAAGCUCAGGAGACAGAACUUCGUUUGAGGCCAGACGUCAUCAUUGCGACCCCGGGUCGAUUCAUUGAUCACAUGAGAAAUUCUGCUAGUUUCUCCGUUGACACCGUUGAGAUUCUCGUCCUUGAUGAGGCCGAUCGAAUGCUUGAAGACGGUUUCGCCGACGAACUCAACGAAAUUCUCACAACUUUGCCCAAGUCACGCCAAACGAUGCUCUUCUCCGCUACCAUGACUUCCACCGUCGACCGUCUUAUCAAGGUCGGUCUUAACAAGCCUGUGAGAGUCAUGGUCGAUUCUCAAAAGAAAACGGCCGGUACGUUGAUUCAGGAGUUUGUGAGACUUCGCCCGGGCCGCGAAGAGAAGCGUAUGGGUUAUCUGGCACACAUCUGCAAGAACUUUUACACCGAAAAAGUCAUCAUCUUCUUCCGCCAAAAGAAGGAUGCUCACAGGGCCCGAAUCAUCUUUGGUCUCCUGGGCUUCUCUUGUGCGGAGCUCCACGGUAGCAUGAACCAGACACAGCGUAUUGCCAGUGUCGAAAAUUUCCGAGACGGCAAGGUUUCCUACCUACUGGCAACAGACUUGGCCUCUCGUGGUCUGGAUAUCAAGGGCGUUGAUACCGUCAUCAACUACGAGGCUCCCCAGUCUGUAGAGAUUUACGUGCACAGAGUUGGUCGAACAGCCCGUGCUGGCCGUACCGGUAUAUCAGUGACUCUUGCCGCUGAGCCCGACCGCAAGGUCGUCAAGGCUGCUGUCAAGGCCGGCAAGGCUCAGGGAUCCAAGAUCAUAAGCCGCAUCAUCGAGGCAAAGGACGCGGACAAAUGGCAGGCUGAAAUCGACGAGAUGGACGACGAAAUCGAAGAGAUUGAAAAGGAGGAGAAGGAGGAGAGGCAGCUCGCCCAGGUCGAGAUGCAGAUCAAGAAGAGCGAGAACAUCAUCAAGCACGAGGAUGAGAUUAAAGCACGGCCAAAGCGGACAUGGUUCGAGACGCAGCAUGACAAGGACAACGCCAAGAAGGCCGGAAAGGAGGAACUCAACGGCCCACGCAGCGCGAAGAAGAAGGCCGGCUCAACCAAGCUGAGCAACAAGGACAAGAAGCGCGCCGAUCUGAAGAUGCAGCGCGCCGAAGGAAAGGAGUGGAAGAAGAGCAAGACGGACGCCAAAAACGCCGUGGGUAAGACUAACAAGAAGAAGGUUGCUCCCGUCAAGGGCAAGGCA